AAUCUGUUACAAAAGAAGCUGAUGAUGAUGAUGAUGAUGAAGAUGAAGAUGAUGAAGAUGAUGAUGAUUCUGUAGUUAAAGAAGAAAAUGAUGUAUUUAUCUUGAAUGAUGCAAAUUUUGACACCUUUACUGAAGACAAGGAUACUGUUCUGCUGGAGUUCUAUGCACCAUGGUGUGGACAUUGCAAGCAGUUUGCUCCUGAGUAUGAAAAGAUAGCCAAAACUCUGAAGGAAAAUGACCCUCCUAUUCCUGUUGCCAAAAUAGAUGCUACCACAGCCACAUCCCUAGCAAGUCGUUUUGAUGUCAGUGGCUACCCAACCAUCAAAAUUCUGAAGAAAGGCCAACCUGUUGACUAUGAUGGUUCUCGGACAGAAGAUGCAAUUGUGGCCAAAGUCAAGGAGGUUUCUGACCCCAAUUGGACCCCUCCACCUGAAGCUACUCUGGUAUUGACCCAGGAUAAUUUUGAUGACGUCGUGAAUGAUGCUGACAUAAUCCUGGUAGAGUUCUAUGCUCCAUGGUGUGGACACUGCAAAAGACUUGCUCCAGAGUAUGAGAAGGCUGCGCAGGAGCUCAGCAAGCGCACACCUCCUAUCCCCCUGGCUAAAGUCGAUGCCACUGCUGAAACUGAGCUUGCAAAGAAGUUUGAUGUUACUGGCUACCCAACUCUCAAAAUCUUCCGCAAGGGCAAACCUUAUGACUACAGUGGUCCACGGGAAAAAUAUGGUAUUGUUGACUACAUGAUUGAGCAGGCUGGUCCUCCAUCCAAACAGAUUCAGGCUACCAAGCAGGUACAGGAAUUUCUGAAGGAUGGGGAUGAUGUCAUCAUCAUUGGUGUCUUUAGUGGAGAGAAUGACAAAGCCUAUCAGCUCUAUCAGGAUGCAGCUAACGGUUUAAGAGAAGAUUAUAAGUUCCAUCACACCUUCAGCAAUGAGAUUGCAAAGCUAUUGAAAACAUCUCCAGGAAACCUGGUUGUCAUGCAGCCAGAAAAAUUUCAGUCAAAGCACGAGCCCAAGACACGCGUUCUGAAUCUGAAAGAUUCCACAGAUGGAUCAGAGAUCAAAGAGCAUGUGCUAAAACAUGCUUUACCUCUAGUUGGUCAUCGCAAGCCUUCCAAUGAUGCUAAGAGAUAUGCUAAACGUCCUCUAGUGGUUGUCUAUUAUUCUGUGGACUUCAGUUUUGACUAUCGAGUUGCUACUCAGUACUGGAGAGGCAAAGUCCUGGAAGUGGCCAAAGACUUCCCUGAAUAUGUGUUUGCUGUUUCUGAUGAGGAAGAUUAUUCUUCUGAAAUAAAAGAUUUGGGCCUGCUUGAAAGUGGAGAGGAUGUCAAUGUUGCCAUUCUGGAUGAAGGUGGCAAAAAAUAUGCCAUGGAGCCAGAAGAGUUUGACUCUGAUGUACUCAGGCAAUUUGUGCUGGCAUUCAAAAAAGGAAAACUGAAGCCUAUUGUGAAGUCCCAGCCAGUGCCAAAAAAUAACAAAGGGCCUGUGAAAGUGGUAGUGGGUAAAACUUUCGAUACCAUAGUAAUGGAUCCCAAGAAUGAUGUUCUUAUAGAGUUCUAUGCCCCGUGGUGUGGACACUGCAAGAAAUUAGAACCAGUGUAUACUGAGCUAGGCAAAAAAUACAAGAAUGAAAAGAAUCUAGUUAUAGCCAAGAUGGAUGCUACUGCCAACGAUGUGACGAAUGAUCGCUACAAAGUGGAGGGAUUCCCCACUAUCUACUUUGCUCCACGGGACAAGAAGAACAACCCUAUUAAAUUUGAAGGCGGGGACAGAGAUUUAGAGCAUUUGAGCAAAUUUAUAGAGGAGCAUGCGACAAAACUCUCCAGAACAAAAGAAGAGCUUUAGAUAAGAUGAGGGUGGUGAAGGAAAAAUUGUUUGUACAUUGUAGUUAAAAGCAAGUUACUGACAAAACUUUGUGAGAGAAGAAUUAAGCAGUUUGAGCAAGGAGAUUCUUGAGCAGUAAAGCAAUUGCAGUAUCUUUUUUUUUUUUU